UGGCGGCAUGAUGGGCGGCGGUCACAAAUUGCCAUUCGACGUUGAUCCGGAACUUGAGGCACAGAUCUUGAACUACGGUUCCAAUCAAGACGAGGAUGGCAACGAUUCACCGCGCAAUCUCUUCCCAGUAUGUCAUCAGGCGUGCUGUAUUCUGGUGGUGUUCCCAAGGCUGCUCCGCCGACAAAUCGUGAGAAGAAGCUGGUUCAGAUCUAUCGUGAAAUCAUUGCAGAAAAGCACGCCGGGCCGGCCUACUCCGGUCCACCAGGUUCGAUGAAGAUUCUCUGCAACAAGCGAACCGCGGCCGACUUCGACCCCUUCGAGGAGCAGUCUACUUACGGCAAGAAGUACGAGCGCAAGACUUUCCGACUUGCAGAUCCCAAAAAGCGCAAGUGGCAAGCCCCACAUCUUUUCCCCAAGGAGCUCUGGGAAACCAUCGGCUACAACCCGGAUGCUAGUGAGGAUGAGCAGCCAGCAAGGAAGAAGCUCGUGCUGAAUCGCCGGACGAAUCUUGACAAGUUGGCGCGCUUUGACGAAGAUGCCGAGGAGCGCGGUGUCAAUGGCGAGGCUAAUGAAGAUGCAGAGGAUGAAGCGAACGAUGACGAGGACGAAGAGAACAGGCCUCAAGGUUUACGGGACGACGUCUUCGAUGAGGACGAGGAUGACGACGCUGAUGACUACAACGCGGAGCAGUAUUUCGACGAUGGCGCAGAUGAUUACGAUGAGGCGGGCGGUGAUGAGUACGGUGCUGACGACGGGUACUAAAUCCAUGCUCCCUGGCUAAACCUCCCA